AUGUCUGGUCGGCAAGCUCCAUCAGGUCGGCAAGCCCUAACAGGUCGGCAAUCCCCAUCAGCUCGGCAAGCCCAUCAGCUCGGCAAGCCCCAGCAGGUCGGCAAGCAGGUCGGCAAGCUCCAUCAGGUCGGCAUCGGCAAGCCCCAUCAAGGUCGAGAAGCCCAUCAGGUCGGCAAGCCCCAGCAGGUCGGCAAGCUCCAUCAGGUCGGCAAAGCCCCAGGUCGGCAAGCCCAACAGGUCGCAAGCCAAACAGCGUCGGCAAGCCCAACAGUCGCAAGCCAACAGGUCGGCAAGCCCCAUCAGGUCGAGAAGCACCAUCAGGUCGGCAAGCCCCAACAGGUCGGAAAGCUCCAUCAGGUCGGCAAGCCCCAUCAUGUCGGCAAGACCCAUCAGGUCGGCAAGCCCCAUCAGGUCGACAAGCUCCAGCAGGUCGGCAAGCCACAACAGGUUGGCAAGCCCCACAGGUCGGCAAGCCCAUCAGUCGGCAAGCCCCAGCAGGUCGGUAAGCUCCAUCAGGUCGGCAAGCCCCAGCAAGUCGACAAGUCCCAUCGGGUGGGCAAGCCCCAACAGUUCGUUAAGCCCAUCAAGUCGGCAAGCCCCAGCAGGUCGGCAGCCUCAUCGGAUCGGCAAGCCCCAAAGUUCGUUAAGCCCCAUCCGGUCGGCAAGCCCCAUCAGGUCGGCAAGCCCCAACAGGUCGUUAAUCCCAUCAGGUCGGCAAGCCCAUUCGGCAAGCAGUUCGUUAAGCCCCAUCAGGUCGGCAAGCCCCCAAACAGUUCGUUAAAGCCCAUCAGUCGGCAAGCCCCAUCAGUCGGCAUCAUCGGGUCGGCAAACCACAACAGGUCGUUAAGCCCAAUCAGGUCGGCAAGCCCAACAGUCGGCAAGCCCCAUCGGGUGGGCAAGCUCCAACAGUUCGUUAAGCCCCAUCAGGUCGGCAAGCCCCAGCAGGUCGACAAGCCCCAUCGGGUGCAAGCCCCAACAGUCGGCAAGCCCCAACAGGUCGUUAAGCCCCCAUCAGGUUGGCAAGCCCCAAAGGUCGUUAAGCUCUAUCAGGUCGGCAAGCCUCAUCGGGUCGGCAAGCCCCAACAGGUCGUUAAGCCCAUCAGGUCGGUCGGCAAGCCCCAGUCGGCAGGUCGGCAAUCAGCAACCUCAAAGCAGGUCGUUAAGCCCCAUCAGGUCGGCAAGCCCAACAGUUCGUUAAGCCCCAUCUCGGCCCUUCGGCAAGCCCAACAGUUCGUUAAGCCCCAUCAGGUCGGCAAGCCCCAACAGGUCGUUAAGCAAAGCCCCAUCAGCGUCGGCAAGCCCCAACAGGUCGUUAAGCCAUCAGGUCGGCAAGCCCAUCAGGUCAAACCCCAUCAGGUCGGCAAGCCCCAUCAGUCGGCAGCCCCAUCAGUCGGCAAGCCCAUCGGGGCAAGCCCCAACAGUUCGUUAAGCCCCAUCAGGUCGGCAAGCCCCAUCAGUCGGCCCCAUCGGGUGGGCAAGCCCCAACAGUUCGUUAAGCCCCAUCAGGUCGGCAAGCCCAUCGGUUCGGCAAGCCCCAACAGGUCGUUAAGCCCAAUCAGGUCGGCAGGCCUCAUCGGGUCGACAAGCCCCAAUAGUUCGUUAAACCCCAUCAGGUCGGCAAGCCCCAUCAGGUCGACAAGCCCCAUCGGGUGGGCAAGCCCCAAAAGUUCGUUAAGCCCCAUCAGGUCGGCAAGCCUCAUCGGGUCGGCAAGCCCCACAGGUCGCAAGCCCCAUCAGGUCGCAUCAGGUCGGCAAGCCCAUCGGGUCAGCAAGCCCCAACAGGUCGGCAAGCCCCACCAGGUCGGUAAGCCCCACCAGGUCGGCAAGCUCCAGCAGAUUGGCAAACAGAUAUACAGAGAUGGGGAAACUGCAGAGGCGGAAUAUGAAUGCAAAGAGAAUAAGCGAUAG